AUGGGCCUGGAAUGCAUUUCUCUGAAAGCAGUGACUUAUGAUGACUUGCAUGUAGACUUCACUUGGGAAGAGUGGACUUUGGUGAAUCCUUCCCAGAAGAAUCUGUACAAAGAUGUAAUGCUGGAGACCUACAGGAACAUCACCACUAUAGGAUACAGUUGGGAAGACCAUAAUAAUGAAGAACAUUGUCAAAGUUCUAGAAGACAUGAAAGGCAUAAACGAACACAUCCUGGAGAGAAACCCUAUGAAUGUAAUCAGUGUGAGGAAGAUGUGGUGGCUGACAAUGAUGUGCAUAAAGAUAUUCAUCCUAGCUCUAUUAUUUACUAA